GGAGUAAAGAGUACAUUAUUUAUUAUUAGAUACUACAAAGUACUUGUAUUUGGUAAUUCAGUGUUGAUCGAGUACAUAACCUCAUUUCACCGUUAAAACUCACUAACCUUAUACACGGUUAAGGUGAUGUGUAUUAAGUUAGUCCAAAUCAGCAGCCAAUCAGCAGCCAAUCAGCAGCCUAGUCAGAUAUUUUAGCAUUUGUAAACCCUAAGUCCCAAACCAGCGAUUCCUGUACUGAAAAGGGAGACUGAUAAGCUAUUAAGCCAAGGCAACGUAGAAGACAAAGGGGGAGGAGUACCAAAAGCCAUUCAAGAAUCGGAACUCAUGAUGGAGGAUGAGAUUAAUCAGGUUUGGACUGAGGGUUGUAGUCAAUGGAAUGUUUCACAGAGGGAGGCCAUGAAAGUGCCAUUUAUUGUUGAUUUAGGAUUUGAAGAUGUUAUUCUUGAGGCAGAAGCUGGCCUAUUAUUUGAAGAAGAAAUGAACUCCGAGAAUGAAGAUGAUGAGGAGUUGCAAGAGGGCAGGAUUUUGUUAAGAAAGUUAGUGACUAAUGAUAAAAGUGUUGGCAAAAGUAAGCGGGGAAAAAAAGACAAAGAAAACUCUGUUGAUCAUGAGGAUGAGGUGUCUCUGGCACGUGAUGGAAGUGAAACAGAAUACUUUAGCUCAAGUGAUGAAGGUAGUUACAAAGCGUGUUCAGAUGUAGAGGAAGAAAACUCUCUCCGAAACAAAACUAAAUUUCCUCCUUUUAGGCCAAAUGACAAGGUGGAAUUUACAUUGGCAAUGAGCUUUGAGUCUAAAUCUCAGGUUAAAGAGGCAGUUGAUAAAUAUUCAGUAAGUAAUAGAUAUCCCUAUUAUUGGGCCAAGAACUCUUCUGACAUGCUUAGAGCUAAGUGUGCUAACCUAAAUAAAACGUGCACAUGGAUGGCAUAUUUUGGCAUAGAGAGCCGAAGCAGUAGUAAGAAAUGGGUGUUAAAGACUUUUCAUCCUCGGCAUACAUGUAAUCCAGGGUGGCAAAUACCUAGUGCAACUGCAAAAUGGUUGGUUAAUAACUUCUUCAAAUCUAAGGUUGGUGUAUGUGAAAUGAAACUGUCUUCAAUGCAAGAGAUGGUAAAAAAUGAACUCAGCUGUGAUGUCUCUUUGGAGCAGAUGAAGAAGGCAAAGUCAAUAAUAAAAAUGAUGGAAAAGGGAGAUAUAAAAGAAGAGUACAAAAGGUUAGAGGAUUAUAAGGCAGAGAUUUUAAGGUCAAACCAUGGAAAUACAUGUAUCCUCCAGGUGAAACAACCAAGCCCAAUAUUUGAUAGAUUCUACGUGUCAUAUGAUGCGUGCAAGAAGGGGUUCAUAGAGGGUUGUAGAAGGUUGAUUGGGAUAGACGGUGCCUUUUUGAAGUCUGGUGUAAAAGGAGAAAUCUUAACCGCUAUAGGAAGAGAUGGGAAUAACCAGAUGUUCCCAAUUGGAUGGGCAAUUGUGGGAUCUGAAACAAAGGAAGCUUGGAAAUGGUUUCUUGAGAUCCUAAGAGAUGAUCUAGGCAUUGGAAGAGGGAAAGGGUGGGCAUUUGUAUCUGAUCAACAGAAGGGAUUAAUGCCAGCACUAUAUGAGACUAUGCCAGAAGUUGAACAUAGAAGAUGUGCAAGACACAUCUAUGCAAUCUGGAGAAGAUCACAUCCAAGUCUUGAAUUGCAGAGGCAGUUUUGGAAAUGUUGUAAAUCAGCAUCAAAGAGAGAAUUUGAAAUAGAAAUGGAGGUAUUGAAAUCCCUAUCUCCUAGUGCCCAUGAAGAUAUUCUGAAAAUAGAUCCAAAAUUUUGGUCUCGAGCUUUCUUUGAUAGGUCUAUCAAAUGUGAGACGGUAGACAAUAAUUUGUGUGAGGCUUUUAAUGGAGUUAUAGUACCCGCUAGGUCUCUAUUGGGGUAUUCUCAGCUUGAGUUUGUUAGGAAGUUGGUGAUGAAGAGACUUAUAAAGAACAGGGAUUUAGGAGAUAAAUGGGUUGGAGAUUUAGGUCCCAGGAUUAGGAGAAGGAUAAGUAAAAAUGUUAUAGCAAGCUAUAAGUGGAGGGUGCAAUUUAAUGGAUCGAAAGGAUAUGAGGUAUCAUUUGGGUCAGACACGUAUCUAGUCGACUUGACCAAUAGAAGUUGUUUAUGUGAACAAUGGGAUGUGUCUGGAAUUCCAUGUAAACAUGCCAUCUGUGCAAUUAGGGAUAAAGGUCAUAGAAUAGAAGAUUAUGUCUCCAGUUGGUACAAAAAAGACAUGUACGGCAAGGCCUAUGCUCACAUGAUGACUCCCAUAGCAGGUCCUAUUUUCUGGCCCAAAACUAAUGUCAUUGUACUGCCAGCAGAGUUGAGAAAAAAAGAACUUGGCAGACCUAGGAAAAACAGAAUUAAAGAGCUUGGUGAGUUUCCCAGGAGUGGGAAGUUAACCAAAAGAGGUACAAGUAUCACUUGUCAAUUGUGCUUUAGAAAAGGUCACAAUAAAAAGGGUUGUCCAUCAAAGGAGAUAAUAAUGCAAGGACAUACUUCUUUCCCAAUACAAAAUCAGGAUAAUUUUAAUGAGGGUCUUCCAGAACAUAACAUCCAACAGUCUUGCACGUUAGACUCAGAAGUUUCUAAACAGAGAAUUCCUAGGAAAUGUGGACUUUGCUCUCAAACAGGACACACAAGAAAGACAUGUCCAAGGAAGCAUUUAGAUCAGGAAAGCGAUGCUAUGUUUGAUACUCCAGAAGAAGCACCAGAUCAUAGUAAUAAUACUUUGGAAGCAUAUUUUAUGGACAAUCAAGAAAUGAGUAAGGCAACUAAUGAUGGCGUGUUUCAGUGGAGAGGUAACAAUUGUAUGACCGCGACUGGUUUGGAGGUAAUAUGAUUCUGAUAAUUUUGUGUCCACUAUUUCUACUUUUGUGGCAUUGAAGGAUGUGUUGUAAUACAUUCUCUAAAUGAAUUUGAAGGUAUACUAUGUUUAUGUAUGUAUUUUGACUUGUAACGUACAAUGUUUAUGUUUUAUUUGACAGAGGUUAAAAUCAAUGAAUCAAAAGGAGAUUACUCAAGCUGCAAGGAAUUAUAAAAAAAGGCAUGCUGAAGAAAUGGAAGUUACUGGAAAUGCCACUGCAGCAAGACAAAGAUUCCACCUUCUAUUUGAUUCCAUGGAAGAUGUUGCACAAAAUGUUUCCCAAGUCAUUGACCCUAAUCAGUAGUAGUGUAGAAUUGUGUUUUGUAAUCUACAAAUGAUGUUUUUUUGGGCUUUACAGAAGCCGUAGAUACUGAUGAUGCAUAUAUAGCAUCUGGUUUUGUUCAAAUGAUGUUUUUUGGGGUUGACAGAAGCCACAGAUGAUACUGAUGAUGCAUAUAUAGCAUCUGGUUUUGUUCAAUAUGUUUUGUUGUCAAUACAUUAUUAACAUUAUUCUCAAUAUGUUGGGCUUUGUCAAUUCAGUUUUG